CCUUGAUGUGUUUGGUCAGGAAGUGCUGGAUGCAUCAAGAGAACUGAGAGGGUAAAACAGAUCAAGUACACACCCUUGUUACUGUGCUGAGUGCUGAGUGCCGAGUGCUGGGGCUCCCAUGGUGGUAGCGCUAGAUCUCGCUGCGGUCAACACUGCAAUAGGGUGUAUCAACAACCUUGUUUCUCUGCUAAAGGAUCAUAAGAAGCAGAGCGGCGAGUUUGCUGGUAUCCUCCAUGCCAUCAAAAUGGAACUCGAAAUCAUUCGGCUUGACAUAGAGGAAUAUGAAGAUCUGAGGCUGGAGGAGGUUGCUCAUGACAUUGUCAACUACAUAAAUGGUCUCUGGACUCCCGGACCAUGGGGAAGCUUCAUCCUCUCAGCCGUGGGGUUGGAUCCCCGUAUCGAAGACAUUGCUCGCAUCAAAAUUUUCAUGGACUGCAUCAAGAGAGUACAAGAGAGUCUACAGAAAAGAUCCCAGCCUUCAGACAAAAUUGGAUCUAGUGCUGCUACUACUCCAGGCUCAUCCUCAUCGGCGGAAUCUCAUUCGUCUUAUGCUUCAGAGGAUCGUCUCGUCGGCAUCAGCGGACCCAAAACGGAGAUUGUGGAGAUGCUUCUCUCACCAGGCGAUGGGAAGCUAAGGACGUUCUCCAUCGUGGGAUGUGUCGGCUCGGGGAAGACUGCCCUCGCUCGGGCAAUCUAUGAUGACGCUGCUGUCACUGGUAAUUUCCAGUGCAAGGCUUGGGUCGUGGCGUCAGAGUACUGUCAUGCCCGGGAUGUUGUAGAGCAGAUUCUUCAACAACUUAUUCUGCAAGGAGAAAUCAAGGACAGCUCCAACCCCAAAUCUGCUUUGCAGCGUUUUUUGGAGGAAAAAAGGUACUUGGUCUUUAUUGAUGAUGUGCAGCCACAAAAAUUACAAUGGGGAGAUAUACAAGAUGCAUUCCCUAUAAAUGACAGGGGUAACAGAAUAAUUUUGACAACACGUUCUUGCUCAGUUGCAACUGCCUACAGCUCUGGAGUUUAUAUAUACAAGAUGCCAUGCCUUGACGAAGCUAGUUCAAAAGAUCUAUUCUGGAAAAAGGUUUGUGGUUGUUCAACUGCACCUGCACCUUCGCUGGCUGAUGGUUCAAAAAGCAUCCUGGAUAAAUGUGAUGGUUUACCACUGGCCCUCAUUAGCGUUGCUAAUUUUUUGGGCGGAAAAGGAAUAAAAGGAUCGCAUCUAACGAAAGCUGACUGUGAAGAUGUGGGCAAAGAACUUGGUAAAUUCAUGGCUAGUGAUGAAAGUGCCUUCCAAGGAAUAAAAAACACUCUGGGCCAAUGCUACAACAGCUUGCCUGCGUAUGACCACAAGAUCUGCUUCAUGUUUACAAGCUUAUUUCCCAAGGGUCAUCCAAUUAACAUCAAGAGGCUAGCCAGAAGAUUAAGUGCCGAAGGAUUGCUUGUCAGUGACAGAAAUGGCUCUAAAUGUUUAACUAAGUUGAUUGACAUGAGUAUGGUUGAGCCUGCAUCCAUUUGCAGCUAUCUUGAUGCUGUUAAGAGGUGUCAACUUCACAGUAUAAUGUUGGAGUUUGGUAUCCAAAAGUCAUUGUCUAGAAACUUGCUCACCCUGAUUCAAAAAAACAAACCCUUACAUAACAUAACCUGUCCUGUCCGCCGACUCAGUGUACAGUCCAGCACCAUCGUGAAGGAAUUUGAACUGUCUGCUCUCACUUCGUUAACGAUCUUUGAUAGUGAGCUUUUGUACUUCAAGGAGCGCAAGUUGAUCCAAGUCUUGGUUCUGGAAGAUUGCAAGGUUCCUGAUAGGAAAGCUGUUGAUGACAUAUGUGAACUGGCAUUCCUCAAGUAUCUCAGUCUCAGGAAUACUGGCAUCGACAGGCUUCCCACAAAUGUAAGAAAACUUUUAUGUUUAGAGUCCCUGCACAUCCAGGAUACGGUGGCAGUAAAAUUGCCAGUUGAAAUCAUCAUGCUACCACAGUUAGCUUACCUGUCUGGAAAAUUUGAGCUGCUGCCGUUGGCUGGCAGCACAACAACCAAGGAGCUUGAGGAGUUUUUGAAGAACAAAAGUAAACUAAAUACUCUUGCUGGAAUUGUCGUCCAAGAGGCACAAGCUGGUCCGUUUGAAACCGUCAUGCUACACGCGGCAAACCUGAAGAAGGUUAAAGUUUCGUGCAUUGCUGCUGCUGCCUCUGUUCCAAGCUUCUUUCCUGCUCCUGCUGAUGCCUCUGCCCCAAGCGGCACUCCUACUGAUGCCUCUGCCCCAAGCGGCACUCCUGCUAACGUCUCUGCCUCUAAUCCAAGCGGUGCUCCUGAUACUGCAAAUGUCACUCGUACAAGCACCAUCCGGGAUCACAGUCCCAAGGAAACUGCCCGAAAUAAGAAAAGAUUUGGGUUUUUCACCGCUUGUAUUUGUUUCAGAGGAAAGUCGGCUGUGGAAGAUUCUGCCUCAGAUACCACACCUGGGGCCUCUAUUACUGAGUCUUUCCCUGUCCACCGAAGUACAUCAGCUCAGAUCCUGCCACCAGCCAUAAGGAAUCGUCAAGAAACUGGUACAACAUUGGCUUCAAGACUGAUAUCCUGUCUUGAGAAGCCCUUUACGGGUCUCGAGUCUCUGUCCAUUGAUUUCAAUGGUGCACCCAAUGAUUUUCUGGCUUCUCUAAGGCUUCAGUUCACUGUCAGUUCCAUCAAAGUUCGUCGAGGAUUAGGACAUCUGCCUGGCCCGAUAGAGUUACGUGAGCUGUGUAAUCUCGUAAAUUUGCAACUAAUCUCCACAGGUCUCAGCAGCCAACAACUGGAGGACCUGCAAUACCUUCAGUGCUUGGAAUAUCUCAAGCUCGCAGAAGACCACCAUGGAUCUUGGGAUGGGGAUUUCUCCGUAGGACAGGGUGGAUUUGCGAGCCUUCGCCUGCUGUGCUUUGAGGCAGCAAAGCAUCCACGGGUGCGGAUUGUGCGAGGAGCCAUGCCCCGCCUCAUCUCUCUUCAGUUGCUUUGCCCAGACUCUCCCCAUACGCCGCCUAGAGCCGACGAUGACACAGUUCCACAUGCAACUGCGGUCAUCAAAGCCCUGCCUGGAGAUGAUGGCACGGCCGGAGCAACUGUGAAGAUCGAGAUUGAGUCCCUGCAGCCUGGAGACAACGGCGGCACGGUAGCAUCUGCGGAGAUGCAGUCCCCCCUUGGAGUCGACGGCACGGACAGAGACACUGCAGAGAUCGAGAUUGAGUCCCUGGAGCCUGGAGACAACAACGGCACGGUAGCAGCUGCGAAGAUGGAGUCCCCACUUGGAGUCGACGGCACGGAGGGAGGAACUACGGAGAUCGAGAUGGAUUCCAUGGUGUCCCCUCUUGGAGUCGACGGCACGGCAGGAGCAAGUACGGAGAUCGAGAUGGAGUCCACGCUGCCUGGAGACGAUGACAACACCGUAGCAGCUGUGGAGAUGGAGUCCCCACUUGGAGUCGACAGCACGGCAGGAGCAAGUACGGAGAUCGAGAUGGAGUCCACGCUGCCUGGAGACGAUAACGACACCGUAGCAGCUGUGGAGAUGGAGUCCCCGCUUGGAGUCGAUGGCAUAAAACAUCUUGGACAUCUCAACGAGGUGAUACUCCACCAUUCUGUUGAUGAUGCCAGAGUUGAAGCUUGGAAGCCAGAACUGAAGAGACACAAAAACAGGCCAUGUGUCAAGAGGCAACCAGUGCCACUUUAAUUUUGGAGUGCCGGCACCUGUUACUCCACCAUUUUAACUCAUCUUGUUAUGGCAAUAUUUAUUCAGCUCGUCGAGCAGCAAACUGUAAUAGCCACUCCUGACUAGUUGUGGUACUUCCGUUUAAUUAUCAUGUCGUUCUCUAUAUCCAUUUAAUUUUAGUUGCUUGUUGAAACCUGAGACAGGAAGCUCACCA